AUGGAUGAAGUUGAUAAAUCACCUGCCGAUUCAAAUAAGCUGGCGAAUACUGAAUCAGAUAAUCCAAUAGGGCUUGAAUGGUAUUUAUAUGUAGACAGAGUGGUUGAGAACAAAGAAGAAAUAAGUCAGAGAAGAGAGAUAGUUAGUGGAACAAAUGAAGAUAUGAACAUUACAAAUAGAGCUAAUUUCUGGUAG